AUCCCACUGGUGGUCCCCAUCUUGCAGGUGGUCCUCAUCUUGUAAGUAGUCCCAAUCCUGCAGGUGAUCCUCAUCUUGUAGGUCAUCCUCAUCCUGAAGGAGGUCCCCAUCCCUCGGGUGGUUCGCCAUCCCGCAGGUGGUCCCCGCUGCCACCCCAUGUUCCGCUCGCGCCGCGCCCGCCUGGUGCGACGGCUGUGGCGGCAACGCUGCGCGGCGGCGGCCGGCCCUGACGAUGGUCCCAACGCCCUCAAACUGGCAGCGCACUCUCUCUUCAAGAAGCUGAAGGAUGAGGAGCUGGAGGUGCUGGUGCAAGCGGUGGAGAGCCGAGGCGCGUGGGAGUCUGGCUGCGUCUGGGCGCCGCGAGGGGCCAAGCAAGCGGUGGCCCCGCAGCUCCUGCUCUGCCGCCUCUACCGCUGGCCCGACCUUCGCCAACCCCACGAGCUCAAGAACCUCUGCUGCUGCACCGGCGGCCGUGGGGGCGGUGGGGACACGGCCGCGCUCUGCUGCAACCCCCACCACUUCAGCCGCCUGGCUGCACCUGAGACGCCGCCCCCUCCCUACUCGAAGUCAUCCUGGUUGGAUGAGCCUCCCAACCCUCAGCUCCUGGAGUUCGGCUACAACAGCGGCGACCAGCGUGGUGAGAGGCUCUCAUCGGACACCUCACGGAGCGCCAUGAAGGACGGCUACUGGUGCAAAUUGGCUUACUGGGAGUACCGGACGCGCGUUGGCCGCCUUUACGCCGUGCACGAGGCAUCGGUGAACAUCUUUGGCGAGCUGCCGCGUGGCAACGGCUUCUGCUUGGGCCAAUUGCCGGCUCCUCACCGUAGCCGCGCUGUGCGCCGGGUGAGGGGCAAAAUCGGUCGGGGGUUAUUGUUGAGCCGCGAGGUGGGCGGCGUUUGGGUUUACAACCGUAGCGAACACCCCAUCUUCAUCAGUUCGCCCACCCUGGCGCCGCCCGGCGCCGUCGCCGUCCUCAAGGUGAUGCCGGGCUAUUCGGCCAAGGUGUUCGACUACGAGCAGGUGGGGGGUUCGGGGGGUCGUGGGUUCUUUGGGGAUGGCCCUUGUGACCCCCACAGUGUCCGGAUCAGCUUCGCUAAGGGUUGGGGACCCUCCUACUCCCGCCGGUUCAUCACCUCCUGCCCGUGUUGGCUCGAGGUCCUCCUCAACCGCCCGUGAUGGGGGGACCGGGGGGGACCCCGAGUGGGCACAAGGGGAGACCCCUUGAGGGGAGGGGGCUCUCUGCCACCCCCCAGCCUCGCUCUGCCAGAGCUGAUCCCAAACUGGGACCCAUGGGGGACCCCCCCCCAACAACACAGGGCACUAUUUAACCUCUUUCUCUCUUUUAUAUCUUCUUUUCAUGGUUAAUUGGAUUUUAAUUUAUCGUAGUUUUUAUUUUAGAAAGGAAGAAAAGGGUGAAGCGGGAGCUGCUCCUGAGCUGGAGAUGGGGGAACCGGCACAGUGGGGGGAGAACAGCUGG